UCAAGGAAGAAUCAUGUAAUUGAUUCAAUACAAAAAAUAGUACUAGUAAUAGUAGGAUAAAUUAAAAGGAAAAAGACCUCAAAUUCAAUGAGCAAACAAGAAAUCAACAGCAGCAGCCGCCUGCAUCGACUCGCUUCUCAUUUGGUUGCGCCGAUGGCUUCGGAAAAAGAGGCUGCUCUUGCUGCUUCCCCCUCUGAUUCUCCCACCAUAUUCGACAAAAUCAUCAACAAGCAAAUACCAGCCAACAUCGUCUAUGAGGAUGAACAGGUUCUUGCUUUCAGGGACAUAGCUCCCCAAGCGCCUACUCACAUCCUCAUCAUCCCUAAUGUUAGGGAUGGACUGAUUGGGAUUUCGACGGCGGAGGAGAGGCACUGUGAGAUUCUUGGCCGUCUUCUAUACACAGCAAAGCUCGUGGCGAAACAGGAAGGCCUUAAGGAUGGCUUCAGAAUUGUGAUUAACGAUGGACCAAAUGGAUGUCAAUCAGUCUACCACCUGCACAUUCAUCUUCUUGGUGGACGUCAAAUGAACUGGCCGCCGGGCUAAGACAGGGGCACGACCAACACGUGUGUAAUACCCUACUCCACUUUGAAAUCCUUGUCUGCAUUUUGUUUGAACUUUGGGAAUAUGAAUAAAUGUAUUAAGAUGGCUGCUUUAUACACUGAAUGAAGUUGACAGAACCUUGUAGGUUUCAUAGAGAUAUUUGUUGCUUCUUUUGAGUGGUAAAAGGAAGAAGUGUGUAUUAGUAA